AUGUGGCAAUCGCAAUUUGCUAUUUUCAUAUUAAUUCCUCAACUUUUACUGGUCUCCGGUUUAGUCAGAAGAUAUAGUGGCGACAAAUUUGACAAUGAUCUCGAUGUUAAUGAAUAUACUGGCAGACCUAAUGUGAGAUUGGUGAACGGGUUGCAGCAGGAAAAUCCUUUGUGGGUACUCAGAUUGGGUAAUGAUGAUUUUGAUGACUUGAAGUUGAGGAUCGCCAGUAUACGCGAGGAACAAGAUUUCUAUUAUGCUUUCGUGCCGCUGAUUAAACGUUUAGAAGCACGCAAAGGAGGACCAUUGCCAAAGCCGAUAAGCAAAAAACUAAUUCCACGUAAGCCAAAUCGUGAAACUGAGAAAUUAGCACAAAGGGAAGUUUUGAAAAACGAAAUAAUGAAGAUCGUUAAUAAAUUUGCUUUAUCUACUAACAAAGAACCUGAUUCCUAUUUAACCGAAUCUGACGAUAAAGAGAUUUCUUCAUUAGCUCUCUAUUUCAAGGGUCCAUACACAUCAUUAAUAGUGACGCUCGGCCAAAGACAAUGGCAUUAUUUCCUUACGCCUUCGCCCUUCCCUGGAUGGUUUUACGAGGUACAUGCUGAAGUCAAGAACAACGAGAAGGAUAUAUACGUCGAUGUUCCUGACAAUUUGAAAAAUGAAUUUUACGAAGUUUUGCUGAAGAUGAUACACGUUUUCUUAGGGUUUCCUAUUUAG